AUGACUGAGGAAUUACAGGCCUUACAAAAGACUCAUACUUGGGAUUUUGUGGAUUUACCUGCUGGCAAGACUCCCAUCGGAUGUAAGUGGGUGUAUAAGAUCAAGACAAAUUCAGAUGGAUCUAUUGAGCGCUACAAAGCUCGUUUGGUUGCUAAGGGUCACUCCCAGGAGUAUGGCAUAGAUUAUGAAGAGACCAUUGCACCGGUUGCUCGUCUUACUACUGUCCGGUGUUUACUUGCAGUUGCUGCUGUUCGUCGAUGGUCUCUUCUACAGUUAGAUGUCAAGAAUGCCUUCUUACACGGUGCCUUGUCUGAGGAGGUUUACAUGACUCCUCCUCCUGGAUCAUUAACUCUACCACCCACUAAUGGUAACUUAAUCACUAUUCUAAGCAUCGAUGGAGGUGGGAUUAGGGGCAUAAUCCCAGCCAAAAUUCUUGAACUUCUUGAAGCUGAACUCCAGAAACUGGAUGGCGAAGAUGCUCGACUGGCGGACUACUUUGACGUUAUGGCCGGCACGAGCACAGGGGGGCUUGUGACGGCCAUGUUGGCGGCUCCCGAUGCGAAUAACCGCCCGUUGUACGCCGCUAAAGAUAUCGCCCCGUUUUACGUGAAGCAUGGGCCGAGUAUAUUUCCAUAUAAAGGGGGAAUCGUAGGUUCUAUUGGAAGGACAUUAGGUAUGUUAUUAGGGCCAAAGUACAAUGGGAAGUAUUUGAAAAAGAUAUUGAAGGAAAAUUUGGGGGAGACAAAGCUUCACCAGACAUUAACUAAUGUUGUUAUUCCUACAUUCGACAUCAAGAAUAUGCAGCCAGCUAUUUUCUCUUCCUAUGAGAUGAAGACUUUGAAUUAUACGGACGUCAAGUUAUCCGAUAUAUGCAUCGGCACAUCGGCGGCGCCGACUUACUUGCCGGCUCAUCAUUUCAAGAACGCCGACAAUGCUGGAAAAUCAUGGGAAUUUCAUCUUAUUGACGGCGGUGUAGCUGCUAAUAACCCUACAUUGGUAGCGAUACGAGAGGUGAGCAAGCAAAUAUCUCGGAACGACCCGGAUUUUUUCCCGAUCCAGCCGCUCGACUUCGGCCGGUUUUUGGUGGUGUCGCUCGGCACCGGUUCCGACAAACAGGAGCACAAGUACACGGCAGAAAUGGCGGGGAAAUGGGGCGUGUUUGGAUGGUUUUUACAAGACAACUCGGUCCCCAUAGUCGACGUGUUCAACCAAGCCAGCAAAGACAUGGUUGACUAUUUCUUGUGCGUUGUCUUCCAGGGCCUUCGUUCUCAGGACAAUUACCUUCGUAUUCAGGACGAUUCACUGAGUGGGCCGAACUCGUCGGUUGAUGACACAACAAAGCAGAAUCUGAGUGAUCUUGUGAAAAUUGGAGAAAAUUUGUUGAAGGCCCCUGUCUCUAGAAUUAAUCUUCAAACAGGAAAUACUGAGCCUGUUCCCAAUGGAGGCACAAAUGAGCAAGCUUUGAUAAAGUUUGCCAAGUUACUGUCAGACGAACAGAAACUCCGGAAAUCGAACUCGCAGAAGACCAAAAAUUAA